GGACCUCGAGGACCUCCAGGUCCUGGCAUUGAAGGCCCACCAGGCAAGCCAGGCCAGCCGGGACUUCCUGGCCCACCAGGUCGGCCAGGACUUGGACUAGUGGGCCCACAAGGGCCUCCGGGCCCGCCAGGACAACCAGGGGACUAUUUGACUG